AUGGCCGAUCCCGCUGCCUCGUCGUCGGCGCCGGGCCUCACGCCUACGUCGGGUAGCGCCUCGGCGGCUCCCACCGACCGGCCCGGUCUGCCCAGCAUCCAGGUCUCCGCCUCACAACCGGGCCCGUCGAGCGGCAACGCUAGCACCGACGAACCGCGCAGUCCAGCGAGACCCUACACGCAAAGCCUCGUCGACGCCUUCGAAACGGCACUCGCCAAUCAGCUCAAGCCCCUCAACAAGCGCCUCGAUGACCUAGCCACCGAGAUGCGCACGCAGCGUCCCUCAGCCGACGAGGCAGCCCGACGCCGCGCCGCUCAAGAAGCCGCUCGAGCUGCGGUCGUUGCGGCCUUCCGCGACCAGGGCUUCUCACAGGACGAGGCUGACGCCAUGGCCGCGACAGUCGGUUCUCUUCCCAGGUCGACCGCCAGCCCAGCCCCAGUCUCCAGCGUGAUGGGCGCGACAGCUCCGGCCACGCCGCCCGCCGGCGCACAGCCGCACGCCACCUCCGCUGGCAUAAGCGGACGCUCGCAGCGUCUCGACACGAGAGACUGGGAUUCCGUCUCCCGCCGUCAACGCGAGACAGGCCCGAGCCGCCUGGACGGGCGCGACGCAGCAUACAGGCCCUCCCCUGAGGAUGACACCCGUCGCGAGCGCGACCAGGACACGCGCCCCGACCGCCGACGCGAUCGCGAUGAUGCCGACACCAACGGCAACGGCAAGCGCUUCAACAUCAAGCCCGACGAGAUCGGCACCUUCAGCGGCAAGACCGUCGCCGGCGGCCUCUCCCUCGAGUUCUGGUGCAACCGCAUCGAAGCCCUUCUCGACAGCGAGUCAUCCUACGAGUACGAGCUUGCCGUUCUGAAGGUGCUGCCCCUCUGCCUUCGCCACUCGGCGGCCCAGUGGUACAACGCACUUCGCCCGGAACGACGCCGCGAGAUCCUCCGCAGCUGGGACAAGUUCCGCAAGCUCCUCGAGAAGACGUUCGCGGGCAACCUCGACCGAGCGCGCCAGGUCGCCGAUGCCAGAGUCUGGGACCCGGCCACAGAGGACUCGACGGAGUACUUCUGGGACAAGUACUCCCUCCUUCGCGCGGCAUACCCCGACCGUUCGGAUGCAUCGCUCUGCUCUGACAUCCGCGCCGGGCUGCCGGAUUCGUUCAAGACGUUGAUCCGUACGACGCUCGCGCGCAAUCCGGAGCCCGAGAAGCUGCUGGAGGAGUGCAUCCUCUACGAGGUGCCCUGGCGCAACUCGGAGGCUCGUUUCAGCAGGCCGUCUCGCCGCAUGCAGGCUCCCGCUGGACUCGGACCAUCGACCGCGGCACCUCAGAUCUCGGCCACGGGCCUGCCGGUACCGCCGUCAACGUUCGUCCCAGCCACCUCGGUCCCACCGGUCGAGGCUCUGGUCAAAGAGCGCAGCCCUACAGCGCCGCCCGGCCGUCGAGCACCCCUCAGCGCGGACUACAAUCCCGCGAACGUCAACUACAGGAUGAAAGACGGCAAGCGCGUCAGGACGUAUCGCGUUCCGUCCGAUGGCCGCGAGAUCAUUCUCAAGAAGCCGUGCAGUCGCUGCGGCGAGGAGCACUUCGACUUUGAGCAUGACUCCCUGCAGGUCAAAGCCGAAGUGCACGCACUCGCGGACGCCGGCACUUGGACGGCAUACGGAUACCCGGUCUACAGGCCUGACUCGUAUGAGGGCUACUCCUUCUACGAGCCGGACUGGGUCGAUCUGUCGGCCGAGACGCCGUAA